CACUCUCUACUGUGAUUGCAGAAUGGGAAAAAAAGGACUGACUGCGUGGUUUAGAAAUUGUUCCCACGAGAACCAACCUGUUCUUGUUCUUAACAUAAACGAAGAUCUCUGGAAAUUCUUAGAGGAAUCUCGGUUUAGAUUGACAAAGAACGAUUCCUCUGAUUCCUAUGACCUGACAAUCAUCAAUGUCACCUAUUCUGAUGAAGGUUUCUACUACUGUGCCACUGAAGGAAAGAAGGUUGAAGACAACGAUAAAAUUAAUGGGAAGAGUUGGUAUAAUUACAGCAAGAUCAUCAGAAAUGUCUCCAUCUCUUCCAAUAGGUCUCAUAACUCCACUAACAACAGUGGGCAGAAUGUUGAUGUUUGCUGGAAUCUGCUCUUCUCUGUGUGUCCGGUAGUUUCUGUUCUCUCCGCUCUCCUCUCAGUUCUGGUUUACAGAAUUUGUCAGAAAACAGUUACAUCUUCUCAAAAUUCUGGAACGAAACAAAACACAAGAAAUCUGACAAGACAAACUCAACAGGAUGAGGAUGUGUGCUAUGCUGCCCUGGAAAUCCAACAUUCAUCACUGAAACCAAAGAGGAAGAGGACAACUCAGGCUUCAGACUUUAGCACAUAUUCUGCUGUCAAUAAAUCUCAGCUGUAGAAGAUUUGCUCUCUGAGGAUCAGCGUCUCUCAAUCCAUGCAUAGGAGUGGGUUUUACCAUUGUGACAUAAGAAAGUGGGAGAACAGCCCCCUCCAGGAAGAGUCUAGCAAACACACGUUCUCAUCAGAGUUAGUGGUGAUCUGCAAAAUGCUUUCAUUUUAUAUGCACAACAUAGGCUAUUUUCAAUUUGCUAUUUAGACAAUUUACCUGCAAAAAAUGCUGUUUUUGAUUAGAGAAUGGAGGAUUUUUUUUGCAUCUAGUUCAAUAUUUUGCUUUAAAUGUACUUCUUUACAAUAAACUUGGUCUUCAUAUGAAAAUCCAAGAUUGUUGUUAUUUAAAAUGAACUUGUUCUACCCAACAUCU